CGGGGCUUGUAAGAGGAGAGGCGGACGAGGGGGCGAAGAAAAGUCAUCCGGGGUGGAUUUCAAAGCCGGGACGGGCUGUCAGAGGCCGAGGUGCGAGGAACCGCCGAGCACGCUGGAGACCGAGGGGAAGACAUGAGAGGACACAAAACGUGAAGUGCUGAGAGGCAAAGACGGGACGAGGCUGACACGCUGCUUUGACAGGAGGUGACAGGAGCUGAAAACAUGGGGUGCAUUCACAGUACGAGCUCCGGCAGAAUCCAGAAGUAUGGACUUGAUGCGGACGCUGGAGGAAUCCCCAUAAAAUCAGAGCUGGAUCUGCACCCUGAAAUCCUUCAGAUCGCUGAGCUCGCCAAAGCAGGGAGCCAUGCCUUCACAGUCAAGAGCUUCAAGAAGCCGCGUCAGUGCAACGUGUGCAAGCAGAACAUGGACAACCCCGCGGCUUUCUGCAAGGAAUGCAAGGUUGCAGUUCACAAGGCAUGUGAAGCCAAGGUGACUCCCAUCUGCACCUCAGCGCCAGACCUGCACACGUCCAUUAAAUCAACAUCCCUGAAGAAGAGAGGCUCCUUGCCGAGGAGUAAAAGCGUGGAGCAAGUGAUGGAGCGAGUGAUGGAGCGCCACUACGACUUUGACCUCACCUACAUCACAGAGAGGAUCAUCUCCGUCUUCUUCCUGCCGGACCUGGAGGAGCAGCGCUACCACAGGAACCUGCAGGAGGUGGCAUCCAUGCUGAAAUCGAAGCACCAAGACAAGUUUCUGCUUCUGAAUUUAUCCGAGAAGAGACACGACAUCACAAGACUCAACCCCAAGGUGCAGGACUACGGCUGGCCUGAUCUCCACGCUCCACCCCUGGACAGAAUCUGUGCCGUUUGCAAAGCCAUGGAGACCUGGUUGACCUCUGACCCCAACAAUGUCGUGGUCCUCCACUGCAAAGGAAACAAAGGAAAGACGGGGGUGAUCGUGGCAGCCUACAUGCACUACAGCAAGAUAUCAGCUGGAGCAGACCAGGCGCUCACCACACUGGCUAUGAGGAAGUUCUGUGAAGAUAAAGUCUCCUCUUCCCUCCAGCCUUCUCAGAACAGAUACAUCUACUAUUUCGGUGGCUUGUUGUCAGGCUCCAUCAAAAUGAACAGCAGUCCUCUGUUCCUUCACCAGAUCCUCAUUCCCUCUCUACCAAACUUCCAGACAGGAGGAGGUUUUUAUCCUUUCCUCAAAAUCUACCAGUCUCUACAACUUGUCUACACUUCAGGCGUUUAUGACCCCCAGAGCUCCAGGGCAAGAAAGCUGUGUGUGACGAUGGAGCCAGCGCUGCUAUUGAAAGGAGACAUCAUGGUGAAGUGUUUCCACCGACGGAGUCGAGCAGCGGAGAGGGAGGUGGUCUUCAGAGUCCAGUUUCACACGUGCACUGUUCAUGGAGCCCAGCUGUGGUUUGGCAAGACGGAACUUGACCUGGCCUGUACAGAUGACAGGUUCCCUCCAGACGCUACAGUGGAGUUUAUCUUCUCCAAUGGGCCAGAAAAAAUGAAAGGACGGGAAUAUCGCAAGAACGACACAUCAGUGAAAGUGGAUUACAACACGUCGGACCCUGUGGUUCGAUGGGAUUCCUAUGAGAAUUUCAACUUGCGUCACCAGGACAGCGUUGAAAAUAUCUCUCAUACGAGGGGUCCUCUGGAUGGCAGCCUGUAUGCUCAAGUGAGGAAGCGGCGUGGACCGGGCGCCACUGUCUCAGCAGUGUCUCCCAAUGGAUGCCUCACAAGCAGCCCAACAGUCAAGACCCAGACAUCCAACCAAUCCCAGGGUCCCUCCUACAACUCCACACGCUCCUCGGUCACUUCAGAUCACUUGAGUGAUGCAUCUCUGUCUGUUAACUCUCCUGAAAAAGAAAGCAUUGAAAGCCCAUUGAGGAGGAUAGAAGGGGAUGACCGAACAACUGAGAAGACAAGAGGAAAAGAAAGAGACAGAGAAACAGCGAUUUUGGACGAUGGAGACCCAUCGAGUCCUGGAGGUCUGAGACGGGAGCGUUCGUGUUGUGGUAGAGGAAGUGCAAAGUGUGGUGAAAUGGGACGGGAGCGAGACAGAGAGUCCUGCCUGUCCAACGGCCACUGUCUUGGACGUUGCAACAGCGUUAAAAACAACCCAAAGAGUCAAACGCUGCCAGCUUUGCCAUCCAAGUCUGUGUCUCCUCCUCCUCCUCACUCAACUCACAUUGAACUGUGCCACCGCCACAGUGCCCAUCCUCUACCAGAGUUACCCUGGGAACGAUCGCCCCCGCCUCCACCCCUACCGUGUCUCCACAGGCCAUGCUACAGUUAUUCUGCUCCCGAACACACACACCCACACAGCCACACCCUGCCAGCCUCAAACCGACUCUGUAUGGGAGAAGAGUGUCACCUUUUCCAUUAUUCCAGCCACGGCCCAGGCUCUCACCUCCCCCACCAGUCGCAGCCCUCAAGCCCUUACAGAGAAAUGUUCUUCAGCUCCGCUGCGCCGUCCUCUGCUUGUGCCUGUCAGGACUGCUCCAGUAGGCGACAGCACCAAUCGGCUUCAGUCAGAUCAUUCCACCCGCUGCACGCAGACCAGCCAGACCCACACUGGUCCCAAGGAGCAGGGGUACAUCGAACAAGAGAGGCACUUCCGCUGUGGGAAACUGAAAAUCCGUGGGAGCUGGCGAGAGAGGCAGAGUUCUGGCAGCGCAAGUCGCCCAUGACGGGGUUUCGCCUCUGCCACCCAACAACAGACCAGGCUCCAAACCAGGAGCAACCCAGAUUUGCCCUCGUACCUCCCCAUAGCUACCCCAUGCCCCAGUCAUUGGGGGACUUGAGAGAUGGAGCCAGCAGUGGGUAUCACACCCCCCUACAGCUGCAACACUCCUGCCCCUGCUCUCCUUAUCAAGCAUCCCCAGCCGAGAGCCACGAGAGCCGCGGUUAUGCCUCCGGGUAUCACUCGGGAUCAGCCUCACCUCUGCCUGCUAGCAGCCCAUCUCCUGUGAAAGGAAGACUGCCCGAAACACCUUCAGGAUCCAGAGAGCAGCAGCAAACUGAGAAUCACAAAGUAGAUAAGGAAAAGGCAGAUGCAGAAGAUAAUGUGUCCCAAGGUUCAGUGAGUAAAUCUGAGUCCAACGGACAGUCAAGCACGCCUGGACUUGACUCUGAUCAUGACUACACAGUUAUUGGGAGCAGCAGUCCCACACACACAGAAGACAGUGUAAAUGCUGACAGCCCUCCGCAAAUUCAAGAAACGUCUACGCAUCAAGAGUCCGAGACAAAUGACAGCAAAUCUAUCACGCCAACAGGAACACAAAGCUCAAGUUUAACCAUAUCUGUGAGUCCAACAGAAACAUCAAGUGGGUCUUGCCAAAGUUUGACUCCUGAGGGUAAGCCUGAAGCUACCGCCGUCUUGGGAAGUCUAACUGACAGUAAGAAAUCACAUUCUUCAAGCUAUGCUACCGUCAUCAUCACCCCAGUCCAAGUGCAGCUGAAUGGAUCGGCCCUACCCAGCGAUAGUCCGUCUGAAAGCAACAGCAGAGGGGCAUCCAUGAAUCCGUCUGCCAGUCCAAGUUCUACCCCUUCCACCCCAAAUUCCCCAAGUACUCCCCUUGGCUCCCCAGAGCUGCAGUGUUCCCCACAGCGCUCCACAUCCACUGCUGACAUACCAGGACAAAAACUGACUCCAGACAGAGACAGUUCAACUGACAAACCUCCCUCCCCCGUGCCUGACGGAUACCACACGCCGACCUUCCCCUUAUCAUCCUACUACUACUCGCUACUGAACGUCCCCCACGUCCCGUACACUGGCUACACUGCAGUGACAAUCCCCGCCAUCCAGCCACCCCUCCCAGAGAAGAAACGCUUUUCCUCCAUCGCAGGAUCCCCGAACGGGCACAGCCAUCUCCUCCGAGUCUCCUCAGCUCCUUCACCCACCCACCACGUUACGUUUUCCCCUGCCGUAGGGGAUCAAAGGAGGGGCUCUGCACAGCAUCCUUGCAGAGAGGAUACAGACAUCAGGGUGAAUGCAAAGUUUGUCCAGGACAGCUCGAAAUAUUGGUACCGGCCGGGAAUUUCCAGAGAUCAAGCCAUUGCUGUGUUGAAGGACAAAGAACCAGGAACUUUCCUGAUUAGAGAUAGUAAUUCUUUCCAAGGCGCAUAUGGCCUGGCCCUCAAGGUGGCUACUCCUCCUCCUAAUGCCAACAUCACUGCAAGCAAAGGGGAUCCUCUGGAACAGCUGGUGAGACACUUCCUUAUUGAGACUGGGCCACGGGGAGUGAAGAUCAAGGGCUGCCAGAACGAGUCCUACUUCGGAAGUUUAUCCGCUUUGGUGUACCAGCAUUCAAUCACUCCCAUCUCUCUGCCAUGUGCCCUUCGCAUCCCAGACAAAGAUCUGGUUGGGGAGCUUCAGGAGAUGCAGAGUGCAACACACACCAGCACGGCAGCUGACCUCCUGAAACAAGGAGCAGCCUGCAACGUGCUCUACCUGAACUCAGUGGAAACGGAGUCCUUAACGGGACCUGAGGCGGUUUCCAAGGCAACCAAGUGUACUCUGGCUCUGAAUCCUCGUCCAGUGGCCACAGUGGUCCACUUCAAAGUGUCCUCUCAGGGCAUCACACUAACAGACAGCAAAAGAAGGCUAUUUUUUAGGAGACACUACCCAAUCAACAGUGUCACCUUCAGCAGUCUUGACCCCCAAGAUCAGAGGUGGACUAAUUCUGAUAGCACGUCAAGCAAGAUGUUUGGUUUUGUUGCGAGGCGCACCGGCACGGCCACGGAGAACGUGUGUCACCUGUUUGCCGAGAUGGACCCCGAGCAACCCGCUGUAGCAAUCGUCAACUUUAUCAACAAAGUAAUGCUGGGGCCACAGCUAAGAAGAUGAGAGCGCUCAAGAGUCUGAGAACUCUGGACAAUUAAGAGAUGUUCAUAUGAUUUUUACUUGCUGUUUUACACCACAAAUCAUCCAAAACUACAUUUUUGCUCUGCAUCUGUGCUGCCCUCUGUGGUGCUUGGCUCUAGGACUGUUGGCUUUCUUCAUAUCGGCGGAUCACUCCUCCGCAGAUGAAAGUAUUGUCUCAGUGUUGGUUUACAGAGUUGUCAAUGAAUAGUUUGAAAAAGCCAAAGACUGUUUCAACUUUGAGUGAUCUACUGUUGCCAAAUGAGAUUGAAGUGAGUUUUGCACUUCUUUUUGUUAGAAUGUUUACUGGUGAUCCAUGAGACAUUUGUUUUCAUGUUUCAGGCCGUUCACAUGAUAUGCAACAAAAUCCACAUUUUUGCCACGUUACUUUAUCAAGGUGUCUCUACAUCGACAUUUACAAAUGGUCGGAUCCUCAGAAGGUUUAAAGGACGUAGAAGACCGAAGAAGCAAGUGUUGAGGUGGCAUAGCACAAAAUAUUCAGAAUCGUUGAUAAACAUUGAUAGUGAACUAUGAAAAUGCUCCACUUAAAAAGUAAACUUCCAGCAUGUAAACGCAAAAUAUCAUCUAAAUAUAACAACUUAGUAUAUUUAUUCACAGUUGUACUGAUUUGAGCUACUUUGUACAGUUUGAGCAACUGGUGCUGUUACUGCCUUGUCCAAAGUCUGUCCCUGGGUCCAGUCACAGCCACUUAAAUAGCCUGUACCCAAUAUCCUUGAGACAUUUUUUUUGUGUUUUAAAUUAUAUAAUCAGGGUCCAUUGGCCCCUCAGUCACUUGGACAGCCCUGCAAUAAAUAGCCGAUAUGUUUCUAAGUUCAUAUUUGCUACAUUUGGAUAUAUAGUACAUGGCUUUAUCUCAAAAUGAGAUGUAUAAACAGAAUGAAGGGAUUAUAAACUGAAAUGUGAUUAAAGCCAUUUAUCAGCUAUGGAAGAACAAAUAGGAUAAAGAUUUGAUUGGAAUGCAACCAUAAAAUUAUAACGUAUAAAUGCUGAAACAAAAUACAAGUACCAACAUUUUUAGUCCAAAUAAAAUACUUGAGUAGAUUUAAUUAGCUACAUUCCACCACAAGCAUGGUUUGCUUUUAUGUUCGCAGUGUGACAUGAGGAGAGUAAAGUAUGUGAUUUACCUGAACGAUACUGUGUAUUUCGAACACAAAAGGAAAAUGUGUGUUUCGUUGCAGAUUAAUUCAAAAUACACAACUCCAAAGAAAGAAGAUUUCAACAAUCAGCUAUUAAUUUUGCAGAGAAGUAACUGGAUCUAAAAAUAAACUUAAGUGGAAUUCUAAACAUGAAUGUAAUGAGUAAAAUAAUCUGCUUUAAUCCAUCAUCUACAGCCAAUCGAUGCUGAUAAUGAGUGAAGAUGGAGGUCACCCUGGACAGGUCGUAUCUGCCUUAAUCUGCCCGUAAUGUCUUCUACAAAUAACUUAAAAAAUGUAUAUUUUAUGAAGCGAGUAAGAAAUAAAUGCAAUGUUGAUGGUAAAAUGAGACAGAAUAGAAGGGUUAGAUAGAUCGUAUCAGCGGGAACUACUACCCCAUUUUCAGCACAUGCAGCAACAUUACAGAAGAAAAAGUGAUGCGUUUCCAAGAUAAGUUUCACUUCAAACCAAAGACUCACUGUGUCAAAGGAUUUUUGCUUUUUUUCUUCUUUUUUUUUAAUCAUAUAUCUAUAUCAUUUUUGUUUGGUAUUUGUGUGUUUUUAUAAACUAAGUCAGCAUUUAAAUGACUUCAACACAAUCAUUAUUUUUCAUAUUGGAUUUUUAUGUUUUAAAAAAGUAAUAUAUUUUAGGUGUCUGAGGUAGUGAAAAGAACUGUGUAUGUCACAUUUGACAAGAAAAUUAAAGACUUUCAAAGUG